AUGAGCUCGGCUUUCAAGCAAUCCCCUGCCCCGUCCAUGGAGAGCCAACCCAUCAACGCAGUCAGACGCUACUGCGUGACUGUGCCUCCUUGGGUCCAGCCAGGCACCUCCUUCGCAGCCUGCAUCGACGAGUUCAACACCUGCGUGAUGAUCGUGUGCCCACAGGACGUAAGAGCGGGGAACCUCAUCGAGCUUUCGAUCCCGGUGAACGAAGCGAGUCUCCGGGAGGUGAGAGAGCUGCAGGUGUGCCCAGAGAAGAAGCUCGACCUCACUCCCAGCAAGGCCAGCAGCAGCUUGUCCAAGGGCCCAGACUUCCAGAAAGUCCUUCAGAACCCCGGCCCCCAGCCUUCCAAUGUCCCUCCUAUGGGUUGUGAGUUUGAUCCGAUACCUGCGGAAGAGGCCGCGGAAGAUCAGCAGAGGCAGGAGGGGCAGACGACAACUGCGUACAAGCAUGGUGCGUCACUAGGAACGGGUCAAGGGAGACAAGAUGACAAGGUGGAUUGGGGCUCGAGGCUGUUCAGAGAGGCGGAGCAGAGAUCGUCGUCGAUCAAUCCUUUGUUGCGGUCGGUUGCGCAGACGGUUGAUCGGAAGCAAGAGUCUGCUGCUUCCAGAUACAUGGAGUACUCCAGGAGCGCCUUCCUGACUCCUCCUCCUCAGGUGGUCAAACCUGCUGAAACUUAUCGGCCCCUCUCUGGCCAUCAGGUUCCUUGGUCUGCUCCUGCUUCCCGUGGAGCGUUCGAGUACGACAAGCCAUAUGCCCGUCCUACUCGAGCUCCGCUGGUGUGGACGGAUGUGUUGGAAGAUGACCCGAUUCUUACCAUCGAUCUGAACAACACCAAGAAAGUUGUGAGCUCGACUCCAACUGCUGCAACCCACUUCAUCCCGCAGGCAAGUAUGAACGAGAACCGGGCGAAUGCAAGCUCGUUAGCAGCAGCAAGUGGGAAGGAGAGAGCGUCGAACAGAAAAUCGUCUGACCUUGAGCACGACAGUGCAUCCAAUAGGACAAAACGGGAGGAGUCAGGGAGAAGGAGCCGGAGGCAAAGAAAGAACGUCAACUACGGGGAGGACACGUAUGAUAGCAAGGUGGAAUAUGCCAUUGGUUUACACGAGGGGAGAAAGAAAUAUGAUCGGUCAAGUGAACUCAGAAUGAAUCAAGAGUUCCCUCAGGCGUAUCAGUCUCAACUGCCAUCGUUCUCGUCCCCUGUGUCUCAGACGUUGCCCCUGCAGUUCGGAAGGCUCGAUGACAGUCUGACGGACUCGGUGGGAGGAGAGUCGCUCGGUGAUUUCUUCCGAAGGGAAGUCAGUCUGUGCGGCAUUCCUCAUCCCGACAGGACUGACCUCCAAGAGGCUCUGACGAAAGAGAAGAUGGAGGCUGCUGGUCUAGGUCCCAGAUGCACUGUGGAGGGAACAGUCGUGCAAGUGCUGGGGAAGGGGACGAGCGUGAGCGUUCGCUUCCUCGUGCACGGUGGGAGAGCCAAGGAGGUGCGAGGGAGAACGUUUGAAGGAUACCUUGACCUUGCCGAGCAAGUCAAACCCUUGAAGGCAAUACCGCCUGCUUGCACACUAGCUUCCCUGACCCUCUUACCGCAGAAGCCCACAAGCACCGCAACCCACAAACAACCCACAAAGAGACCGCUGGCUGUCCCCGAGCUCUCCGCCCCCGCGGCGGAACAGAGGGAGGAGCCGGUCGAUGACGAGGCGGAGGAGAGCAGGAGGAAGAUGAGGAAGGUCGAGAGUCCUCCUGCAGCCCUUGACAUCAACUCGCUGAGCAUGCCCCUGGCGGUGGACCCGGCGAUAGCCAAGGAUGACAUUUCAGUGGACAGCUGUGGCUCCCAGACUGCGGCCAAGGAGGAGACUGCGACCUCAGGAAAGGGCGAGGGUUGCGGUGCUUACUUCAUCCUGUCGGUCAGGGAGGAGUGGAGGAGUGAAAGGGGAUUCAGACUCUUCGAAGUCGCGAGUGAGGACUGGAGCACGAAGUCCAAGGACGAGGAGACGACUUCCAUAGAGCUUAAUGUCCGUGAGUGGUACUGCGCAAGAGAGCUCGAGCCACCCGAAGGGUUCGCCAAGGGCGAGCAGAGAUUCUUGCCCAAGAGCAAAGGACAUAGGAAGCGAACAUUCCCUUCUGGCACGUGGGUGAGCUGUGAAGUCAGCAGGCACACUCAGAAGUUCGGGAGCAAGAGCAAAACUUUCAUCAUGAUCGAAGAUGAAGAAGCAAAGAUUGACGAGGCAUAUAACAAGUUGACUACUACCGGCUAA